CAGGAAGUUGAGGAAGGGAAGAACUUCAAAAAAACUAUUUUUGAAGUCUUAACAAAUACUUCUGGUGGGGUUAUUUGGAUAAUCCUUGGAGACAAACAUUUAAAGUAUUCAGGCGGUAUCUGGGAAACCAGCAGUAUGAGUUAUGCAAAAGGUCCAGCAUCCUCAGUAAAAUACUAGCCUUCUAUUGAAGUAAAGCUUCAAGAGAUUGUUCCUGAAGUAUCGAAUCAGCAAUGGCUCACAGUGUCCGAUUCAGCAUUGAUCUUCCUGAACCCAAGGAGCCUUCCCGCACCCAUAUCCUGUGUACACCAGACUUUUCUCCAUAUGAUGAAAACGUUGUCCAUGAUUCCUUCAGCCACCUGAUUCAGGAACAGAGUCAAAGCCUGAUGGAAGGCAACUUGGAUGCCAUAGAAAUGGAAGAGCUAGAUAACAGGCAAGAUAGCCACACUUUCUUGGCACAUUCCACUUCAAGAGACAAUGUUGAGGAAGACAUUGAAAAGGGUGCCAUGGUGAUUUGUGACCAUUUCUCUGAUGCCACUUUAAGAGUUUUGUCAUCCAUGCCAAGUCGAACCAUUGGUCGCUGCCGAGGUGCAAUAAUAUCUCAGUAUUGCAACCGCACCUUAAAGUUACGCCGGAGACGCAGUCGUCCCUCCAUCAACGGCAUGGCCAGAUGUUCGCGGCCCAGUAUCCGUCCAUAUGGAGUUGAAAAGGACCCAGAGGGGCAAGAUGAGGAGGAAAAAAGAAAUCUUCUUAUAAACAAUUUGCGAAAUCUGCCAAUAAAUGACAGGAACCACAUGUUGCGGACAAUUCCACUGAGCCUAACAGAGAAAAGAAGCCUUCGAUACAUGGCUUUCAAGAACAAGAAUGACAGUGGGUAUUCUUUGAAACAGCUGCCUUGUUGCAGUCAGCUUAAGUACAACUUAAUUAUUGUGUUUCGACAAAUCUGGUACACAUUCUUAUCCUUCCUACACUCACUGCAGCUAUGGCAUGUUGCUCUGAAAAAAGUGAGCGGCCGUUUUGGCACAGGUGUUCUUUCUUAUUUUCUCUUUCUGAAGAUGCUGUUUUUUUUCAACAUCUUCCUGUUGUUUAUAAAUAUGGCCUUCCUCGUCAUCCCUCAGUCCCUGUGUUCACAGGGAAGUGUGAACCAAUUUCAGGGUCUGGAGCUGCUCACUGGUGCUGGUUCUUUUACCAAUACAGUGAUGUAUUAUGGAUACUACACUAAUUCCACCCUGAAUGAAAACACAAAAUCUAGUGAGAAUAGGUCACUCUGCAUCCCUUACAACAUGCCUCUAGCCUACUUUUUCACCAUAGGCAUAUCCUACUUCAUCACUUGUAUCAUCCUGAUGUAUAGUAUGUCCCGAUCAUUUGAAAAAAGCUACAGAGUUGAUAAUCCACAUGGAGAUUUGGCAAUGAAAGUCUUCUGCUCAUGGGACUUCAAAGUGAUUAAGAAAGUCUCUGUGAAGCUUCAGAUGGAGAAUACCUCAACUCAGCUGAAGGAACUGCUGUCCGAACUUUCCCGGCCAUCAUGCUCUAAAUCGUUGUGCCAAAAGCUGAUGAAAAUGGCAGUGCACACAUUGGCAUGGACAAUAUCCCUGGGUAGUACUUUUGGAUGUGCUUUGGCAGUGCACUACUUCUCAGCUUACAUGAGCAAGAAUCUAUCCAAGAAUGUGCAGCAAACCACCCAAAUAAAAGAGGCAAGCCUGCUCGCUCUACCAGUUGUGGUGUCUGCCUUUAACUUGCUCAUGCCUUGCCUGUACAAUGCUGUAGCAUGGAUUGAGCAGUAUGAGUUACCCAGCAUGGCUACGUACAUUGCCAUCUUCAGGAAUUUGUUGCUUAAGCUAUUCAUUUUAGGAAUUCUCUGUUAUCACUGGCUGGGGACUACAGUCGAUGGACACAACAUCCUAAAGCCACUGUGCUGGGAGACCUUUGUAGGGCAAGAACUAUAUCGAUUCUUGCUAAUGGAUUUUAUUUUUACCAUCCUGGACACCAUCUUUGGUGAAUUUGUGUGGAGGAUAUUUUCUCAGAAGGUUCUGGGGCGUCAAAGAAAGCCAGUGUUUGACAUUGCUAGGAAUGUCCUUGAGCUCAUCUAUGGCCAGACUCUUGCUUGGUUGGGUGUUCUGUUCUCACCGUUGAUUCCUGCAGUGCAGAUAAUUAAACUUGUACUGUUAUUCUACAUUAAAAAGACUAGCCUGAUGAUGAACUGCCAGUCACCCAGCAAGCCUUGGAGAGCAAGCCAGAUGAUGACCAUCUUCAUUACAUUGCUGUGUUUUCCAUCUUUUCUUGGAUCUGCAGUGGUUGUAACUUACACAAUUUGGUCAAUUAGGCCAUCAAAUAUCUGCGGGCCUUUCCGGAGUCUGAACACAAUCUUUGAAUCGGGAAAAAUCUGGAUGCGCAAGCUGGAGACUGAAAAUGCCAAUUUGGCCUGGUUCACCUGGAUUCACACGUACAUGGUGGAAAAUCCAUUCUUCCUAUUUUUCAUAGCUGGAAUACUCUUGAUCAUUAUUUACUUCUAUGCUCAAGUUGCGGAUGGACAAAGAAGUAUUAUUUCCUUGCUGCAGGAGCAAAUUGACAAUGAGGGCAAAGACAAAAAAUUUCUCAUUGGCCAACUUCAGGAAAUUUAUGCAAGGAAAAGGCCUGUUUUUGGAAAAAAUGGUAAAGAUAAUUAGGAAUAUUCUACAAGAAAUACAAGUGGAGACUGUGCAUAUAGUAUACUUUAUAUUUAAUAGAAGGAAGGAAGAUGUCCUUUAUAAUUCUUUCCAUACUUGCCAAAAGGCAGGAAUCCAGGUUAUGGGUUGCUGUUUGUAAUUCUCAUACUGAAAUUGAUUUAAACACAAAACAUUUAUAUUUCAAUAAGGUACCGAUGCUGACCUAGAUAAGACCAGCCAAAAUUGUGUUGCGAUACUGGAAGAGUAUAUUUUAUACAAUAUUGGAAGAGUGUUUUAAAUAAAGAAAAUAUGUGCUUUAAUAAAACAAAUGUUAUUUUACUUAGUUUUGAGAUGUUAAUUAAUUCCUUUUGUUGAUACUUGAUUUGUCAUUUUGAGACAGUAAUUGGUUGAUUUUCUUGGGAUCCUUGAUUGUGCCUUUGUUCACAUGUCUCCAGCCUGGCAGCUCUUAGAUAAGUUCAAGGGGCAGUCUAUCUUUGAAAGGGCCACUGUGAAUCCUGACGUUGACUGUCAUUUAUAUUUCCAAGAUGACACAUUUCCACUGUAGAUUGCAUUUCUUUUUUGAGUUUUUGGUUAUUAUCUUUUUGUUAUUUAUGGCACCAUCUAUUUUGACAUAUUUCUUGGGGGGGGGGGGGGGUUACCUUUUGGAGGUACCAUAAUAAUUUGUGGGUACUGCUUAAGCCUUUGCUACCCACUUAUUGUCAUAAGAUGUUCAGAGAAGCAAUGAAAGGAUCCGAGAAAUGUUCCAAAAUGAAAGAAAUGGAGAGAUGGUGGAAAGCAAUAUGCAGUAUGUAAUAAUGGCAGAAAAUAUAGAUGGGUUUAACUGGUAAAAGAUAACUAUAUGAUUAUAAAAUGUUUGAAAAUACAGGAGAAUAUUUUGAUCAUUUGGAUCAGACAUGAUUGAAAUAUGCAGGUAUGAAUAAGGAUGUCGUGGUGAAAAAUAAUUUUCUAAUAUGGGUAACUUAAGAAAAAACAAGGAGAAAUUA